AUGGCCCCAAUGGUCUUGGAUGAAGUUGACCCUGCCGUCGUACUAGUCACAGCUCUCACAUGCAAAGCCCCAAAUGCUCUUCUGCAACCGAUUAGGGUCGCCGCUCGCGUUCAUGUCGGUUCCAAGGCGGAGAUCACACAACGUGUCAUCCAAGUGUCAUCACACUCCCUCCCUUCUGUCCUUCCAUUGUUUCUAUUUCCGUCUGAAUUCCCGGCGCUUUCUCCCUUCUGGGUCGCCGCCGCCCGGCCCUGGCCUCUUGGCGAGAUCUGUCUGCCUCGUCACAGAUCGGUCACACUUCCAGACCGUCUCUUUCGUCGGUCGCAGCCUUACUUAUAA